CGCGCGCCCGAUGCCAUUUGUGAAACUAUGAUAAAUUGGUUAUGCAUUUACACUUAUUUACAAUGUAAUGAUGACAGUUCAAACAGUCCUAAAAUGCAACGGAAAGACAGGUCCGAUAAUAUGAUUUCUGUUUGUGGACCGUGACAACGGACCUGUACUCUCGUGACAUUUAACGGCAAAUGGAAAAGCGUAUGUGAAAAUGCAGUUGAGUUUGUUUUUGUACGCCCACUAGGUGAAACGAAAGGCACGAGCAAAACCAGGACACCCUAUGGACUGGAGCGGCGCAGAUCGAAUAAACUCAGGAUCUUGAAAGUUGUGGUUAUUUCCAACCCUAUCGAGUUCGUUUAUAACGGACUGUUCAUGAAUGCUCGAAUCUAUUAAAGAGGUUAAUUCACAGAAAGAAGACCGUGGAGGGUGGGCAUAUUUCAACUGCUAUGAGGAUUCUCAAAUUCUUCAUGGGGUACAAUUGCAGAACGCUAUGAACGCUGCCUGCUGUGUGACAUUGGCUUUGUUUGAAGAAGUUGCAUGAAACUGGUAACUCCCACUCUGGGCCAGACAUGUCUGUGAUAGUGGGAGAGUGGCGGUUCAUAGCCCAGAGGGUCACCAGAAGCAUCACCUACUACUACACCAGCCGGACACCAGGGGGCAAUAACCCAUCCCCCUCUCCUCCCACCAUCUCCCCCACCUCCUCCCAUCUAGACACUCCUUUUCCCUCACCCUCCCUCUCCACCCCCUUGCUCCCAGACUUGCCCUCUCACCACAACGUUUCCUCAGUUCUCACCCCUUCCGCUUUGGAUGUACCAACCCUCUCUCCAUCCUCGCCCACCUUCUCCCCCCGUCCCCUCCUCCUGCUUUUCCCGUGGCUGGGCGCCCGACCGGGGGCCAUGGCGAAGUACCGGGACCUCUACCUGGCACGCGGCCUGGACAUCCUAUCUGUGGAGAGCACUGUGUGGCACUUCCUGUGGCCUCGCUGGGGGCUGGAGUACGGGGCUGAGGUCCUGGAGGUCCUUGGAGACCCGCGUUUCAAAGGUCGCCCCCUUCUGGUCCACGCCUUCUCCAUCGGCGGGUACACCUUCACCCAGCUGCUCAGCCAGAUGGUCAGGGAGCCACACAAGUAUCCAGGCCUGGCCCAACAGGUCGUAGGACAUGUCUAUGACAGCAUGGUGGUCGGGUCGCUGGAGCAUAUGGCUAAAGGCCUGGGUCUGACCCUGUUCCCUCAUAUCGAGCCCCUGGUGCGAUACACUGCUCUCCUCUACUUCUGGCUCUUCAAGUCCCAGACGGUGUACUACUACGACAAGUCAAUCCAGGUCUUCUACAACAGCCCCGUCACCGCCCCGGCGCUCUUCUUCUUCUGUGAGAACGACGCGCUGUGCGACCCCGUCGCCAUGGAGGCGGUCCUCGACUUCUGGAGGAAGCGGGGCAUUGCUGUGGAAACCGGGAAGUGGAAGGAGUCUGUGCACGCUGCUCAUCUACGCUGUCACCCGGAGGAGUACCUCUCCACGUUGGAAAAAUUUAUGAUCUCGCUCAACAUCACCCCCCUCAGGGCUAAGAUGUAAAUGGCUCAUGUGCUAAUUACAGUGGAGGGGUUUGAUCAUUCAAUAAAGCCUGCAUACUCAUGUGCCAAAACAAAUGUUAUAACAAAAUUAUAACAUAGUGUAGUCAUGUAGCAUGUAAACUUUUAUCCAUAGAAACUUGUUUGACACAUACUCAGCAUAUGGGUCACGAGGGUGUCAAACCCUCAACACACUAGUUUUACUUCCCUGUUGCUAUAAUAACAACAUAUCCAAUCCUAACUCCUAGCAUGUGUUUUGACUGUGCUACGUAUUAUUAUCUAUUUGUACAGAUAUAGGAUCUUAAUUUGACCAGCAUUGUCGUAGCAAAAUAAUGAAUGUUUAGUCCAUAAUGUUUCUUGAUCAGUGUUCAGGCUAUUAAAAGUUGUCAACAUGAAAAGUGCAGUACUGUUAAUAUAAUUGUGUUCGUGUGGGUUUUCAGUGAAUUUUCUGUGAAUGUAUGUAAAUCACAAAGCUUAUCUUCAUUUCCUGCGGUACUGGAAAAUUCUCUGCAACAGGAGUAAUCAAAUGAAGUUACGAUAUCUGUAUGUGAGCUUACUCAAUAUUGUCCAUGACACAGUCCAUAUGCAUCAGAUAAGGCCACGGUCACUAUCUUUAAGGUGAAACACAUGACAGACACAGCUCACUAUACGUUGAUUCGCAAUAGAUAUUUAUUUAGUACUUAUUGUAAAUAUUGAUUGUAAUUGUUUUUACAUGAGUAUAUAUUCAUUCUCAAUAGCUGGUGACAGGGAGUACAGUGGGAGAGAGGAAGAGAGAGGGAGAGGAAACAUUUUGAAGAUGAGAAAGAACUGAAGAGGAGGAAUACAGAAAGGAGUGGGAGGGUUUGAAGAAAGGAACGGACCUGUUCUGGAAGUAGGUGCCUGUCAAUAGUAGUGUAGUGAGUGACAAACAAUCUGUGGGACGUUUUCUUAUCAGGCAUUUCCGGCAACUGUUGCAUAUUCAAUCUAGUUUGUAUUAAACUUUUUUUUGUCUGU